AUGGCGUUCCACGACCACGUGACGUUCCAAGACGACGAGAUCGACCUCGAGGCCGGACACACGCCGCCGCCGCCGCCGCCGCCGGCGGAUCACGAAACCAAAUUACCGAAGCGGCAGCAGCAGCAGAGGAAGAAGAAGAAGAAGCGCGGCUGCUGCUGCCGGCUCGCCUGCGCCGCGCUCGUCCUGGUGGCCGCCGUCGCCGCCGCCGCCGGGGCGCUGUACCUGGCGCUGGACCCGAGGCUGCCCCGGUACGCGAUCGAGUCGCUCACGGUGCAGGCCUUCGACAUGGACUACGACGGCCACGGCGGCGAGUAUGGCUACGGCGACCCGCAGCUGACGGCGCGGGCCAGCUUCGACGCCGCGGUGCGGUUCGAGAACCCCAACCGCGCCAUCGACAUCUCGUACGAGGAAGGGUCCAGCCUCGCCGUGUUCUACGGCGGCCACCGGCUGUCGGAGGGCGCGCUGCCGGCGUUCUACCAGGGCCACGGCGACGCCGGGGUGGUGCACGUCGCGAUGGGCGACGCGACGCUGGAGGGCGCGGGCGCCGUGGCUGAGGCCAUGCAGCAGGUUGUCGGCGGCGGCGGCGAGCUGCCGCUCGUGUUCCGCGGCGAGGUGCCGGUGCGGGUGAAGGUUGGGCCGAUCACGACGGGGAAGCUGACGCCGACCAUCCGGUGCGACCUGGUGCUCGACAGGCUCAGCACCGAGGGGGAGAUCAGGGUCAAGAACAUGAGCUGCAAGAUUAAGCUCUGGUGAUCAAUAUUUAAGAGUUAGGAUGAAUAGAUAAUAACUAAUUAGUUGAUCCAAACGUUAUAUAUGUAGUAUAUAGUUUAUUUAUUCAACAAUUAUGUGAUAUACAAUCUGUGUUUUUGUCAUAAUUACAAUCUAUGUUUUUGUCAUAAUUAAAUUUCUUAAAAAUUUUAUCGAUGUAUAUGUGUUUACACCAAAAUUUGACAUCUAAGAUUGAAAUAGGAAAAAUUGUCAAGAUUUGGGAACUCUGCCGGUUUCCUCCAGGAGGACCGGUCUGACCACCAUGUAUGGGCCGGUCAGACCGCC